UAAGUUCUAACUGUUAAGCAUAUAUCUUUUUCCUUUGCUUCUUCCAAUUUCUUAAACUAAAUCUUUCCAUGUUGUUGACGUUGAAAUGCCAUACAUGGGAACAACAGAAAGUCCAGUCUCGUAACCUUUACGAUGUGGCUCAGGUCGCCCUCCGAAACAGAGAUCAGAUGAAGCUCUAGCAGUUUCACCUCCUGCACCACCAUCGGGGUCGACCGGAGAUGCUCCAUUGCGAGUUUCAGCGACCACAAAUGCUGAUGUGCCACCAUUGGGGUCUAGCAGUGAUAGGCCUUUGGAAGUUCCCUUUAAUGAAGAGGAGGAAGAAAGAGAGACAAAGUUAAAGCUAAAUCCUUUAUCAAGACUGGACGAACCCCCAACUUUAUUGGUGCGGUAUCUGCUCUCUUCAAGGAAUGACGUUGAUUACAUGGUCAAUCAGGCCAAUAUUACCUUUAAAUAUUUGCAAGGGGUUGGUGCUAAUUACGGCUCUUUUUACAAAGUCAUCACAGGAUACAUUGAACAUCGCUUCUAUUCGCAAGAUGCAGAGAGAGAAGAAAACAUGUUGUCUUUGUCAGCAUGGCAGAAAAAUUAUGAAAAUGCUAUACUUAGUGCAAAUGAGGCUGAGAGGGUUAUCCUACGUACUGAAGGGGAACGGGAGAAGGUCAAGGAGAAAGAGGAAGUUGUGAAGCGGCAAAUCGAGGAUCUGAAGCAAGUGCUAGCACAUUAUGAAAAUGAAAAAGAGCGUCUGAAACAUGACGAAGUAAAAUAUAAAGAAGCCCAUGAAGUUGCAAAAGUCAGGAUGCAAGAACUUGGCACCCAGUUGAAGGAAGCUCAAGCGAAGCAAAGGGAGAUUGACAGGGGCGGAUGUAGCUUAGUAUAUGGGGGUCCUAGAGAACCCCCAUGUGUUGUCAACGUUAAUCUUAAAACCAAUGACUGGUUUUUCUGUACUUGCUGA